AUGCCGUUUGGUGAGAUGACGAUUACUCUAGAUGACGUAUCUUGCCUGCUUCACUUGCCCAUCAGGGGAGCAUUCUGGAGCCCUCAAGAUAUCAGUGAAGCGUUUGUUGUUGAGUGGGUUGUUGAUUAUUUAGGAGUGUCACGGAGAGUAGCACAACAACAAGUCUGUGAUUGCAGGGGUUCCUACUAUAAGCUGGAGUGGUUAUAUGAUCGAUUCAUAGAGCAUAGAGCUGCAUCUAGAUGGGAUUAUGCCACUAGAGCUUAUUUGCUGAUGUUAGUGGGUUCCACUAUUUUUGCGGACAAGACGUUUACGCUUGUCGAGGCCCGAUACCUCUCACUGUUUAUAAACUUGGAUGGCUUAUCAGGAUACAGUUGGGGAGCAGCUGCGUUGGUUACUCUUUAUAGAUAUCUCGGAGAUGCUUCCAUGUUCAGCUGUAAGCAGCUUGGUGGUUAUCCGACUCUCCUACAAUGCUGGAUUCAUGAGUAUUUUCUAACGCUUGGAAAAAAAGGAGAGAACUGGAUACCAGCUAGUAAUGCGGGUCUCCCUCGAGCGAUGAGAUGGUCCUAUAGGCAAGGUGCCUUGAAGGUGGAUGACUUGCGACCUAUUCUGGACGAGCUGACACCUGCCGAUGUCAUAUAG